AUGGCUGCCGCUACGGGGAACCAAGGUUUUAGUUUAUGUUUGUUGUGUUUGUUGUUUGUUGUAAUAAUCCCGACACCGCAGGCUCACAUCGCCGAGUACGAUGAUUACUGGAGGGAACGUGAAUUGCAGGCAAAAGAGAAUCUGGAAAGAGAGUAUAAUCCCAGACCGGAGGAGGUUACGAAUCAUCUGAACGACCGUGUCGCCGCCACGUUGACGGAGCUCGGUUCUAACGGCACGGCCACGUCGAGGCGGUCGUUGGCGAGGUUGGGGAGGAAGAGACGAGAGACUAAGUGUGAGGCGACCAACCCGAUCGACCAGUGUUGGCGGUGUGAUCCUAACUGGGAAAAGAAUAGGAAGAGGCUGGCUGAUUGCGCUCUUGGAUUCGGACGUGGUGUGACCGGCGGAAAGAAUGGAGAAAUUUACGUCGUGACAAAUUGUUCCGAUGAUGUUAUUAACCCGGCGCCGGGGACUUUACGUCACGCCGUCACCCGGAACGUGCCGCUUUGGAUCAUCUUCUCGAGGGGGAUGAUCAUCAGACUGAAGGAGGAGCUCAUUAUGACGUGCGAUAAAACGAUCGAUGGUCGGGGAGCUAAUGUGCAUAUUGCUUAUGGGGCUAGUUUUACCAUCCAGUUUAUCAAGAACGUUAUCAUCCAUAACAUCCAUAUCCACCACAUUAUUCCGGGGAAAGGCGGGCUGAUUCAGGACGGCGCCAAUCACAUCGGGUUGAGGACGAGGAGCGACGGCGAUGGGGUUUCCAUUUUCGGAGCAACCAACAUUUGGCUCGACCAUCUUUCGAUUUACAAAUGCUCCGACGGCAUCAUCGACAUCAUUCAGGGUAGCACCGCCAUCACCAUCUCUAAUUGUCAUAUCACCGAUCACAACGACGUGAUGUUGUUCGGAUCAAGCGACAGCUACACGCAGGACGAGAAGAUGCAGGUCACCGUCGCGUUCAACCGUUUCGGCAAAAAUCUUGUACAGAGAAUGCCGAGAGCUCGAUUUGGCUUCGUCCACGUCGUCAACAACGACUACACUUUCUGGAACAUGUACGCCAUCGGCGGCAGCAGCCACCCCACGAUCAUCUCACAAGGCAACCGGUUCAGAGCUCCACGGAACAUCGCGGCCAAAGAGGUGUUGAAGAGGGAGUUUACGGCACCGGAAGUGUGGAAGUGCUGGGACUGGAGAUCGGACGGCGAUGUGUUGUUGAACGGCGCCAUCUUUAUCCAAUCAGGGAGUCCAGACGCCAUCAAGAAGUUCGCGCCUGAGAAAACGAUAAAAUUUAUGUCGGGCCAUAAAGUGCCCCUCAUCGUUCAUUACUCCGGUGCACUUACCUGCAGCCCCGGCAAGCCAUGCUAG